AUGGGCAAGCUAACUACCUGGCUUUCGGCCGCAUUCUUGGCCAUUGGAGGCUUUCUUUUUGGCUAUGAUAGCGGUAUCAUCACGUCGACCAUUUCUCAGGAACAUUUCAUUGCAUAUUUUUCCAAUCCUAGCGACACGGUUAGAGGCGGAAUUGUUUCGGCUUUCCAGGGUGGUGCAAUCCUUGGCACCAUUAUCAACAUGUUUACCGGAGAUUUUCUUGGCCGCAAGCGAUCCAUUGCUUUCGGAGCACUUGUCUCGUGUAUUGGCUGUGCACUCCAAGGCGGUGCUGUCAACAUGCCCAUGCUCAUCAUAGGCCGAUUUAUUGCUGGUGCUGCUGUGGGAAUUCUCACCUCGCUUAUCCCCAUGUAUGCUGGCGAAAUAUCGGAAGCCAAGUAUCGCGGUAUUUUUUCGGGUCUACUUCAGUGGAUGCUUAGCUGGGGGUUCCUGGUUGCCCAGUGGCUCGGCUACGGAUGUGCCUUUGUGGAAAGUUCUUUUCAAUGGCGCUUUCCUCUGGCCUUUCAGUGCUUUCCCGGUAUUAUUCUCGUCUCGGGUAUCUGGUUUUUGGAUGAGUCGCCACGCUGGCUUAUGGAGAAAGAUCGACACGAAGAGGCCCUGGUUGUGCUGCAUCGGCUCCACGGCGAUGGAACGUCACAAAAGGACCGAUGUAUUGAACUGGAAUACCGAGAAAUCCGCGACGUUAUUGCUGCAGAUCGUGCUAAUCAGUCGAUAUCAUGGUUCUCCAUCAUCACUCGGCCAACCUGGAGGCGUCGUUUACUCCUUGGGUGUGGAGUUCAGGCCUUUGGGCCCCUCUCUGGUAUCAAUGUGAUCAACUACUACGGACCUCAGAUCUAUGAGUCGCUUGGCAUCGAUAAUCACACCUCGCUGAUGAUUAUCGGUAUAAGUGGCGCCUUGUCCAUUGUUUACUGCACAAUCGGCCUUGGAAUCCUAGACCGGGUUGGACGUGUGAAGCCCUUAAUUGUGUCUGCAGUAGGUCUGGGAUUGGCUCUGGUUGUCAACGCAGCACUGUCUCAACACUACGACGCAACAAACACAAAUCAGCUUCGGGCCAUGGUUGCAAUGAACUUUGUGUUCUCACUCUUCUACACGCCACUUGGGAUUAUUUCCUGGGUCUACCCGGCAGAGAUCUUCCCCGUGGAUAUUCGGAAUCAAGGAAACUCCAUCACAACAUUCACCAACUGGGCGAUCAACCUGAUCUUCGCACAAUUCUCACCCAGUGCCCUCACAAACAUCGGGUUCCGAUACUUUUAUGUCUUCUUCGUUUUCAACUUCAUUGCCGUGUUGUGCUACAUUUUCUUCUACCCCGAGACAAAGGGAAAGACUCUUGAGCAGAUGGACGAAAUGUUCGGAGACCAGAAAAUUCCACACGCAUUGGAGGAUCCUGAGGCUGCGGAGGCUGUUACUGAAAAGAUGGGGGUUCAAGGAGAAUUUAUUGAGAGGGUCUGA